CUCACAACAACAGGAUGGGAACUGGUUGCUCACCUGGCAGAAUAGCUAGGACUUUGCUGAAUAUACUCAGUUGAUUUCCCCCAGCUAAAACAUGCCAUGUGUGCAGAGAAACUGGAUUGCCAAUUUUUCCUUUUGGGUCCAGUUCCUUCUCAUGCAAGCGCUCUGCUAUGGUAGAAAUCCUCCACCGGGCAGAUUUUUCUUUCCAGACAAGAGGCAAGAGCACUUUAUCCGGACGCUGCAAGAAUACCAUGUGGUUGGUCCUGCAAAAGUAGAUGCAAGCGGUCAUUUUCUCUCUUACAGUUUACACCAUCACACCUCAGAUGCCAGGAGGAAAAGAGACUUCAGUAGAAAGGAAAACCUUGUGUAUUAUAAAAUUAACCACAAGGAGAAGGAGCUGUUUUUUAACUUGACUGUCCAUCGAGGAUUCCUUUCUGGUAACUAUGUAUUGGAAAGGAGAUACGGGAACCACACUGGUGCAAAGAUUGUACCUUACACAGGAACCUCAUGUCACCUCAUUGGUACAGUCUUGCAGCCAAAUUCUGGGAAAGGACCAGCAGCCAUCAGCACUUGCAAUGGAAUGACUGGAUAUUUCCGUCUGCCCCAGGGGGACUACUUCAUUGAGCCUGUCAAAAAGCAUCCACUGGAAGAGGGAAUACCAUACCCACACAUAAUCUACAGGGCAAAUAUCCUUCAAAAUGCUUUAAGGCAACGGCGUGAGACCACAACAGACAAGGAACAAGCUUGUGGAUUGAAUGAUACUUUCGAACAACAAGAGCAUCGGAGGGAGAAGUGGGAAGGAAAUCACAGGGCAGCCAAAACAAUUUCUCGGCGUUCUGUCAGCAAGGAACGAUGGGUGGAGACGUUGGUUGUUGCAGACAGUAAGAUGAUUGAAUAUCAUGGAAGUGACAAUGUGGAAUCCUACAUCCACACUAUAAUAAAUAUGGUCACAGGAUUGUUCCAUGAUCCAAGCAUUGGCAAUGCAAUCCACAUUGUGCUCGUCCGCCUUAUUCUCCUUGAAGAGGAAGAGCGAGGCUUGAAAAUAAUUCAUCAUGCAGACAAGACAUUAGCCAGCUUCUGCAAAUGGCAGAAAAGCAUCAAUCCCAAAAAUGAUGUCAACCCAAUACAUCAUGAUGUAGCUGUACUUCUAACUAGAAAGGAUAUCUGUGCUGGCAUGAAUCGUCCUUGUGAAACCUUAGGUUUGUCUCAUCUGUCUGGUAUGUGCCAACCUCACCGGAGCUGUAAUAUUAAUGAAGAUUCUGGGCUGCCUUUGGCAUUCACUGUUGCACAUGAGCUUGGACACAGUUUUGGUAUCCAGCAUGAUGGAAAAGAGAAUGACUGUGAACCCAUUGGAAGACAUCCAUACAUUAUGUCCCGGCAGCUACGGUAUGAUCCUUCUCCACUCACCUGGUCCGCGUGCAGCAAGGAAUACAUCACACGUUUCCUAGACCGAGGAUGGGGAUUCUGUCUAGAUGAUAUCCCAAAAAAGAAAGAUUUAAAGUCACCACUCAUUGCCGCAGGAGUUAUCUAUGAUGUACAUCACCAGUGCCAGCUGCAGUAUGGCCCCACUGCUACUUUCUGUGAAGAGGUGGAUAAUAUUUGCCAGACACUCUGGUGCUCAGUGAAUGGUUCCUGCCACUCAAAACUGGAUGCUGCCGCAGAUGGAACUAGAUGUGGAGAAAAGAAGUGGUGCUUCAACGCAGAGUGCAUUACAGUGGGAGAGAAUCCAGAAAUGAUAAACGGUGGAUGGGGCACAUGGUCCUCCUGGUCCCAUUGCACACGGACAUGUGGGGCAGGAGUUCAAAGCGCAGAAAGACACUGCAAUAACCCGGAGCCACAGUUUGGAGGAAAGUAUUGCACCGGAGAAAGGAAACGCUACCGCAUGUGUAACAUUCUCUCAUGUCAACGAGACACACCAACCUUUCGUCAGAUGCAAUGCAGUGAAUUUGACACAGUUCCCUACAAGAAUGAAUUCUACCAGUGGAUUCCAGUUUAUAACACAGCUCAUCCAUGUGAGCUCCACUGCCGCCCUGUAGAUGGCCAAUUUUCAGAGAAAAUGCUGGAUGCAGUUAGUGAUGGUACUCCUUGCUAUGAAGGCAGAAACAGACGAGAUAUCUGUAUUAAUGGCAUGUGUAAGACUGUUGGCUGUGAUUAUGAGAUAAAUUCCAAUGCAACUGAAGAUCGAUGCGGAGUUUGCCUUGGAGAUGGAUCUGCUUGUCAGACGGUGAAGAUGAUGUUCAAUCAAAGUGAAGGAUUAGGCUAUGUUGACAUUGGACUGAUUCCAAAAGGAGCAAGGGGCAUAAGAGUAGUAGAAGUGGCAGAAGCAGGAAAUUUCCUUGCAGUGCGGAGUGAAGACCCAAAAAAGUAUUACCUAAAUGGGGGAUUUAUUAUUCAGUGGAAUGGAGAAUACAAAGUGGCAGGAACAACAUUUCAAUAUGAGAGAAAUGGAGAUCUCGAAAAUCUGACAGCGUCUGGACCCACCAAUGAGUCAGUGUGGAUACAGCUACUCUUUCAGGAAAGUAACCCCGGAAUAAAGUAUGAAUACACGAUACGUAAAGAAGGAAACCUUGAGAAUGAAGUAGUGGACCCAGAAUAUUUUUGGCAAUAUGGAGGCUGGACGGAUUGCAGUGUAACAUGUGGAAGAGGUGUUCAGCGACAGACAGCCCAGUGUGUGAAAAGGGGCGGAGGUGUGAUCAAAAACUCCUUCUGUGACCCAGAAAUGCAGCCAAAUGGACGACAAAAGAAAUGCAAUGAAAAGGAUUGUCCACCCAGGUGGUGGGCAGGAGAAUGGCAGAAGUGUUCAACCACCUGUGGCCCAACAGGAGAGAAGAAACGAACUGUCCUUUGCAUCCAAACAGUGGGAUCUGAUGAGCAGGCAUUGGCUGCUAAAGACUGCCAGCAUCUGCUUAAACCAAAGACCCACCUUUCAUGCAACAGAGAUGUUCUAUGCCCAUCUGACUGGACAGUGAGCAACUGGACUGAGUGCACAGUUACGUGUGGUGGUGGGGUACGGACUCGUAAAAUCAGUUGUGCUAAAAACAAUGAUGAACCAUGUGAUAUGUUCAAGAGACCAAAUUCGAAGGCUCUGUGUGGCCUCCAGCAGUGUCCUUCCACCAGACGACUAUUGAUACCCCCACUGAAACCCAAGAGAGGAAAGAUCAUAAUCAGGAAGACAGCAAGUAAUCCCAAAAGAGGCCCAUCAGGCAGAAUACCCAUCCCUAAACUAGGCCAAGGAUACCGGACAACGACAAAAAUACCCGAGUCCCAAAGCACAACUGCUUUGAGCUCUACUUCCUCCAGUCCUGUCCACUCUUCCAAAAAGGACAACAUGGAAAAAAGAACAUUACAAAAUAAUUCUACCAGAUCAAAUAAUGAUUAUAAUUAUCCCUUUGUGUUUAAUGGAAACAGGUCACACCAAGAUAGUACUGUAAGUAAUAGUUCAAGUAUUGAAAAUAUAAGAAAUGUCCAAAAUGUCUCUAACAUAGAUCCGGACUCUGCUUCAGAAAGGGGCCUUGUUCAGACAGAAGGGGCUAGUCGCGUCACCUCAUUAACCAGAAGUCCAGAAGUAACUCCAGGCUAUGAUUAUUUAACUGAAGAGUCUGACAAUACUGAUUGGUCCAUAGAAGGCAAUGAAAAACCUAUUGAAAUCUCUCACAAAGCCAAAAGCAGCCCUGCAAUCAAAACCAAGAGCAAAACUCCAAACGUCAGGUCUCAUGUCAUUACGACUCCCAAAAUCUCACCGACAUUUUAUCAACAUGAACCUUCUACACAGUCUACUAGUAGCACAGCAGCAGAAAGAUUGUCAUCUUCAGCAGCAGUGAACCUAAAAAGUAUCAGUGUGCAAAUAGAUACACCUGUCCUAGAAAAGGUCACCACAGAAGGACCUGUUACAAUAAAGCCAGCAAUGUUAGAUAAUGUAUCAAGAGCCCAGUUUGAAAAUGGAACAGAAAUGGAACCCUCUGACAAGAUAGAUUAUACCCAAAGCACAAAAUCUCCAAGUCUUGAAGAGUCUCCAAAGAACCACAGUACAGUUUCUGAGGGAAAAUUACCUAAUGCCACAGAACAGGACUAUGCAAGAAUCUCCAAUAUUUUGCAUGGUGAUGUGUACUGGAUAGUGGGGAACUGGAGUGAGUGUUCUACUACCUGUGGUGUGGGUGCUUUUUGGAGACAUGUGGAAUGUAACAGUAAGAAUGAAUCUGACUGUCAGCACAUUCAAAAACCUGAUCGUGCAAGAAGAUGUCAUCUCCGUCCAUGUGCUAACUGGAAAACAGGAUCCUGGAGCAAGUGCUCUACAAACUGUGGUGGUGGUUUCAAGACCCGUGAUGUUCACUGUACUGAUGUUCGUGAUAAGCGAGUUCUACGGCCUUUUCACUGCCAAUUAUUAGAACAUAAACCACGACCGAGCAUUAGCUGUAAUACAGAGCCCUGCUUGGAAUGGCGUGUGGAGCCUUGGAAUGAGUGUUCGAAAACAUGUGGUGGUGGUCUGCAAGAAAGACACGUCUACUGUCCAGAAGAGGACUAUUGUGACUGGACGAAAAAGCCUAACUCCACGGCACGCUGCAAUGGGCAGCCUUGUACUCGGUGGAUAAAUGGGACGUGGAGUUCGUGCACUGCUUCCUGUGGCAGGGGCAUUCAGCAAAGAACAGUAAAGUGCAUCAAUACAGAAGAUAAUGAAGCUGAAGAUCAAACUAUGUGUGAGCACGAGCUCAAGCCUCCAGAAUCUCAGAAAUGCAAUAUGCAAGAGUGCAGGAAAAGUGCAGGCCUGCUGUGCCACAAGGACAAGCUGUCCAUUAAUUUCUGCCAGAGACUGAAGCGGAUUGGCAAAUGUUUGGUGCCAUCAAUACAGACUCAGUGCUGCUUCACAUGUAACAGGCCCCGAAUUCCUAACAAAACAAGAUCUGGAAAUCAACAGCGCUUCAAAGAACAAAAUUACACCAAACCCAGAAGAAAAUUGCCUCCAAUCAAAAAAAGCAACAGCCAACCUCCUGCUGGGCACUAGGUGUUUUUCAACCUGAUUAAUUUAAUCAGGGGUUCCAUUUACAGGGUUUUUUUUCUUUUAUAUUGAGCCAUUCUAUAUAGAUGGAAACCUAAAUAACUGAUUAAUAUUGGGAAAAUACAUCCUUUAGGGCAACCAGUCCCAAUAUGCUUCUCCAGCCUUCUCUUAAGACAGCCACAAAUUUGUCACUGUGAUUUGCAAUGUACACCUGUUCCUGGUACUUCUUAUGCAUGGAAUACAGGUUAAGGACAUGCAUACAGGAUUCAUUUGGUCUUUAAAUGAAUUUUGUGCUGUUUGUUUUCUCCAUUUACAGUGGAAGAACAAACUGGGGUUCCCCCAAAACAGUAUUAAAAUAACAACUGACUCUUGUACAUAGCUCCAUUUAAUCCCAGAUUCCAAAGGGUGAAGUUAUUCUGUCCUGUCUAUUGUAAUUACUGGGGCUUCUCUGCACACGACCUCCUGGGAUGCCAGUACUAUGCCGGGUAUACUGCAACUUGGAGGCAAGCACUGUAGGCGUUUCAGCAGCUAGGCCUUAUUGGUGCUAGCCGUAGUGGGCCAAGGAAAAGGGCUGGAAGGAAAGGGAAAGGUUGCAAAUACCCGAGGUAUGGAAGCGUAACCAGUUAUAGUUCAAAGUGAGCAAUUGUGGUUCUUGUUUGGGUCCCUGGGCAGCCCAGUGGACAGUCAGGGCUCUUCAGGUCUAGUGCCUGAGGUGCUGUCUCCAGUCCAAUCUCUAUUCUAGUAAUAGGCACUUAGAGAUUUCCAGGCCAGGAUGAGUUAGUGUUCCACAUUGAGGCCCCUUUGCUCUGGCUCCCUGCCCAGCCACUGUUGUUCCCCUAUAAGUCCCAUACAGACCUGCAUUCAGCUGUAUCAUCUGGCAUUCACAGCCUGUUCUGCAUAUGGUUCCUGGGGAUUUUGCUCUGAAAUCAGCUUCUCUGCAGCAGCUUGCUUGCCAUGCAGCCACCAUUUCCAAACAGAGUCCGACCACUUCCUGGUUCAGGAACUUUUCUCUUACCUGGCCAGGAGGGAAUGGGGAGAGAGCUAAUGGGAGUUGUAGUCUCCUCCUUAGCAGAUCCAUCACAUUAUAACACAGAGCUCUACUGCAUGUUUUGAGCCAGCUUCUUCUGUAUAUUAGUCACUUGGCACUGCCAGAGUGACUGUAAAGCUGACACCCCAGAGAGACAGCUGAAGAUCCCCACCAUGGGCCCUUAGGUUUUCUACAAACUUGGGUUUUAAAAAAAAAAUCUGUUUGAGUGUCUCUAAAAACUGCUAGUUAUUGCUGUCCCUUUAAAAGGCUAUUAACCUAAAAUAACUAGUGGAGUUUGUCAUAGCUAGCUAUGAACUUGCAUUCGACAACUCAGUUUAGUCAGCAUGUUUUAUUAAACACUUGACUGACUCUCUAAAGGAGACCUCCUAAAUACACAGCUCUGAGCAUGGUUCUGUUGGUGCAAAUAUCUUGGAAUGGCCUAAAGAAGAAAUGUUUAGGAUUAAAUUAUAUCAUAUAUUUUAUGCUGUCAUGAUGCAGUAUUCAACCUUUUUCAAAACCAAGCUUUCAGCACCCACUGGACCCAGUUAAACAGUUUAUUUUACAGUGAUAGUCUAAAGCAAACAAUCAAAUAUCUGCUAAGGAAACCUAGUCAAUAGUGGAGCAUUUCCCAUGGAUGGUAUCAGAUAAUAGGCUUGAUCCUACUGCCACUGAGGACAAUUGCGUGACUACCCUCAAUGGGAGCUGGAUUGGCCUUUAAAACAGGCCAGGAUUUGAGCGGAGCAUUUUAAAGGGGCUGAAAGGAGCUUGGUGCUCAAGUUCCACUGAAAUUCAGUGGAAGUUGGAUGCAGAGGCCACUCAAGACAAACUGCCACGUUAGGCAAAACUUCAGUGUUCUGCCCCCUCCUCAUCGGCCUAGAGUGGCAGAUUUGGCUCAGCUGCCCCUCCAUCAUGACAGAGGGCGGCUGGGCCAAAUUUGAGUAGCAUUGCAACCUGGCACGUGAGGGCGCAACCCCACUCAAAUUUGGCCCAAAUUUGGCCCAGCUGCCCAUGACGGAGGGGGCGCUGGGGCAAGUAUGGGCCUUAGGCAGUGCCUAGUUCACCUAUAACUAGAGCGGCCUUUGGUUGGGUGCUUCACUCAACCCGCCACUUUGUGCCAGCUUUGUCCUUGAUACCUCCCUAUACUUUCCUAGCCCUUCUUUAGAAUACUACGUUCCAAGUGUGGGUGGGCCAUGGAAGCCUGCCCUGCCUGGACGUAGUGCAGGGGUUCUCAAACUUCAUUGCACCGCAACCCCCUUCUGACCACAAACAUUACUAGACGACCCAGUGCCCCAAGUGGGGUGGGAGGGCCAAAGGGCUUCAGCCCCAGUUGGGGGACGGGGACCUGUAACCUGAGCCCCGCCAUACGGUGGGACUCCUGCUUCAGCCCCGGGCGACGGGGCUCUGGCCCCGGGCCGCAGCAAUCUAACACCAGCCCUGGCGACCCCAUUAAAAUGAGGUUGCACCACUUUGGGGUCCCGACCCAUAGUUUGAGAACCGCUGACUGAGUACAAAGUACUCAUGCCCCUUUGCUUUGACAAGUUUUCUAUUUCCUAAUGCCAAAGCUGACUUCAGCUUUGGAAAGUGGU